AUGCCGAGUGUUCCAUUAGAUAGGUGCGCUAUUUCCAUUCCAACGGGAAUUCCAAUAGCCGAUCAAGACUCAAAAAACAAAAGACAAAAAACAAGACUCGGUUGGGUACUAGGUGGGCAUUUACGUUGGCCUCGAGACAACCCAACAAUUGGUAUUCGCACAUUUCAUACGAUUAAGCAGGAUAGAUUAGACAAUGUUAUCACUAAAUUCUGGGAGAUUGAGGAUAACGUAUCGAUUCAAAACAAUCAAAUAGCGAUAGACGAUAGUGAGACACAUUUUCAAAGGAACACAACUCGUGAUGCAGAUGGAAAAUAUAUAGUUAGCAUUCCAUUCAAUGACAAAAUUGGAAAAUUAGGGACCUCAAGGGAACAGGCAGAAAAACGCCUGCUGGCCAUGGAACGAAAAUUUGCAAGGAAUCCUACUCUUCGUUCUCAAUAUAAUCAAUUCAUGUUAGAAUACGAACAAUUAGGACACAUGUCGCGUUUCAUUGAUUCCACUAAUACAUUAGAUUCCGGUUACUUCUUACCACACCAUGCCGUUUUUAAGGAAACAAGCACUACCACUAAAUUACGUGUAGUUUUCGAUGGUUCCGCCAAAACUUCAUCCGGAAUAUCUCUAAAUGAAACGCAGCUUGUGGGUCCAACCGUCCAAAGCGAUCUAUUCUCGAUCUUACUGAGAUUUCGAAAACAUAACAUUAUUCUGUCGGCCGAUAUUGAAAAGAUGUAUCGGCAGGUACUGGAGAAAGGGGAGGAUCGAAGGUUUCAGCGUAUCCUUUGGCGCUUUAGUCGGGAAGAUCCUAUCAGCACAUUUGAAUUAAAUACCAUCACUUAUGGUACGGCAUCUGCCCCAUUUUUAGCCACGCGAACAUUGACUCGGGUAGGUCAAGAACAUCUUGACACAUUUCCAAUCACUGCUCAUACGAUCAUUAACGACUUCUACGUGGACGAUUUAUUAACAGGCUGCGAGACAGUGACGGACGCUCAACAAUUACAUCGCGAACUGACAGAUAUUUUAGGGCAGGCAGGUUUUCCAUUAAGAAAAUGGGCUUGCAACCACCGUGACGUGUUAACAGGACUGACUGACGAAACACGACAAGAAAUAAGGUUUGAUACGAGCGACCAUGACCAGAACACAUUAGGUUUGUUAUGGUCCACAACUACGGACGAGUUUUGGUACACUUUCAAAUCACAUUCGCAGACUCCCGUGACUAAGCGCGCCAUUUUAUCCCGGAUCGCACAAAUCUUCGAUCCUCUGGGUUUGAUAGGGCCUGUCAUUGUGAGAGCAAAACUCAUCAUGCAACAAUUAUGGCAGCUGCAAUUAGGGUGGGAUGAAACCUUACCACAAGGUUUGCAUACCCAAUGGUCGACCUUUCAUUCGGAAUUACAUCAAGUUAUUUCAUGUAAGGUACAACGUAGAGUAUUGUGUAGUAACGCUAAAAGCGUUGAACUGCUUGGCUUCGCGGACGCAUCCGAAAGGGCAUAUGGGGCAUGCAUCUACAUUCGUACGCUAAUGGAGAAUAAUACAUGGUUUGUGUGGCUACUAUGCGCGAAAUCUCGGAUAGCACCCUUAAAAACUAUUUCUUUACCGCGUUUAGAACUUUGCGCGGCACUUUUGCUAUCACAGCUAGCAGAUAAGGUCAAACGCGCGCUCGAGUUGGAUUUUAACUGUGAACAAUAUUGGUCCGACUCCACUAUAACCCUUGCCUGGAUUAAAGGUCCAUCAUCAAGGUGGAAAACCUUUGUUGCAAAUAGGACAUCGGAAAUUCAACAACUAACUUCGACCAAAAACUGGAACCAUGUAAAUUCAGAGCAAAAUCCCGCCGAUGUACUUUCACGUGGUUCUAGCCCUAGCGAUAUGAGCACAAAUCAUUAUUUAUCAAUUGUUCUUGAAAUAAAAAAUAUUUAUCUCUGCUGCAUGUGA